GCUCGUUAGAAUGAGUAGGAACUAUAGUAGGAACAUGUUCAAGCAUGUGUAGUAUGCGACGCGACAAAUCUUCUGUGUACGUAGAACGUCCAGAAUCAGUGCAACUCACGUGAUAAAGAAUCUGUUGCUAUAUUUUCUGUAUAGUUCUUUUCCCUCCAACUCUUUAGUUAUACUCUUUAAUUAUAUAUCUAUUUCAUAUCAAGUGCAAAACGUGUAGAACAGUGCAACUACAGAGAACAGACUCGAAGCAUCCGAGUGUUAUAUAUCUUUUCCUUAAUAACCUCAACAGAGGCAACAAAGAAAAUUCUAGAAGAUUCAGACAGUCAGGUCAGUCCAUCCUGCUCAAUCCGGGUCCAUUCUGAUUCGUUCUGCAGUCCCUUGCGUUUUGCUGGAAAGUGAAUUUCUAGAUCUAUCGAUCCUUUAACAUCUAUUUUACCUUGGUGACGUGAUAUUGUAAAAUCUAGCAACAAUGGCAACAAAAAUCGACGAGAUAAAAUUAGAUAUUGCAGAACUCAACAACUUACUCAAGCAAGCUAAUAGACAGCGCAUCAAAGAUGUAUUAACGCUGGAAAUCAGGAAACUGCAAACGCAGAUAGAAACAGCAAAAUUACUGGAACAGAAGAAUUCAUCUACGACAACUUCUUCGCUCAAUACUGCCCAAAAAUGCUACGAAGUGAAACUGAACAAUUACGGAUGGGACCAGACGAAUACGACAAUGAAGAUUUAUAUAACAUUAAGCAAUGUUCAUCAGUUGCCCAAGGAGGCUAUUGUCUGUAAUUUUACAGAAAAAUCUCUGGAUCUACGCAUAUUCGGAUUAGAUAAUAAAAAUUAUCACUUACCGAUUAACAAUCUGUGUGCGGAGAUCGAUAUUGAGAAGAGUAACUUUAAAGUAAAAACCGAUAUGAUCGUCGUGUCACUCGCAAAAAAGAUUGCCAAAGAGUGGUCGCAUGUUACAUUGGUAGAGAAGAGAAUUAAGGACGCGAAAUCGCCAUCCAUGCCUGAGCUAGGUGAGGACACCGAUCCUAGCGCCAGCCUAAUGAAUCUUAUGAAAAAAAUGUAUCAGGAUGGCGAUGAUGAAACGAAGAAAACCAUAGCGAAGGCAUGGACUGAGAGCCAGGAGAAACAAAGAAAUGGCGCAAGUUUAGAUUUGUAAUUUCGGUAUCAAUCUAAUCUAGAUUUAUCUAUUUCUUUUUUGAUACGUUAAAAAGUGUAAUAUAAAUUAUAAAGAACAAUGCUCUCAAG